UUUGUGACACGGAUAGCCAGUGGUCCCUGCAGCAUGAGAAAAAAAGGAUGAGCAUUUAUAGCAGAGUACUUUAAUCCAAAGCAGCUCAGAAGUUUUUUCUUGUUGCCUCUGGCUCUAAAAAAUAACUACAUGAUAUUCCAAUAUUAUGCAAAGUUACAGAAAGCUUGCUCGAAACAACAAAAGCAAAUCUGCAAUGAGUUCUGUAAAUGCAAGUUUUUCCCAGAAUAUCUCCAUUGUUCAUCCUGAGAACUUUUUCAUCAUUGGACUUACGGGUAUACAGCACAGUGGUUAUUACUAUAUAUUUUUAUUUUUCACAUAUUUUAUAUCUGUAAUUGGGAACUCUGUAGUUCUUCUCAUUAUAGCUCUUGAGAGGAAUCUGCACAGUGCAAAGUACAUUGGUGUGUUUAACUUGGCCUUGGCUGAUAUUGGUGAAACUAGUGCUCUGAUUCCUAACAUGAUGAAGAAUUUUCUGUUUGACUCUCAGUACAUCUCCUAUAAUGGUUGCAUGGCAAAUAUGUUUUUUGUGUUCCUCUUUAGUUCCAUGCAAAGUUUCACUCUUGUUGUUAUGGCAUAUGAUCGUUUAAUUGCAAUUUGUUUGCCGCUAAGAUAUCAUGCUAUUGUCAAUAAUACCAGUAUGAUUUUAAUGACUUUAGCAAUUUGGGCAUUUAAUACUUUUGUGGUGGCCUUGAUGGUGUCUUUGAUCAACCGACUUUCAUUCUGUGAAUCCAAUAUGAUACAGAGUUAUUUUUGUGAUCACGGGCCAGUUUUUAGGUUGGCUUGUAAUGACAAUAGCAUGAAUAAGAUUAUGGCAUAUGUCAUUUCAGUUCUGUACAUUUUAGCACCAAUGGUCGUUAUCGUCUUUUCAUAUCUGGCCAUUUUUCUUGCUUUAAUCAAAAUCACAACUUGGGAAGGACGAUUAAAAGCACUGAAGACCUGUGUGUCUCACCUGUUGUUAGUGGGAAUAUUUUUCCUCCCUGUAUGCUGCACAUACAUUGCACAAGUCUUGCUUUAUCUCACACCCAAUGCCAGAAUCAUCAGCACAUCUUUUUCGUAUGCUGUUCCUCCAGUGCUAAAUCCUAUUAUUUAUGUUUUAAACACAGCAGAAAUCAAAGACAUUAUUAAAAAAAUGAUUAAAAACAAAUCUGCACCGAUCAGAGAGAACAUUUCAAAAUGAUUCUGUAACAUUUUUUGUUAUGUGAUUGGGUCUGAAUGACAGUAGAAAAAAACAUCUCUGGGAAGAAGUUUUUUUUUGUGCUAUUUUUUCCUAUAUAACCAUCUUAAGAAUUUACUUUUAAAGACAAAAAAUGCAACCCAAACAAUUCAGAUUCUUAAAAAAAUAAAAUACAUGAAACUUUUAUGUUACGGUUUUUAAUCCAGCUGAUUUCUAGUGUUUCUGUUUGUUUGAUAUUGUACUGCAAAAGAAGGAAAAUAUUAAUGUGACUUAAGUGAGAAAUCGGUGCCACAGUAUGUUGACAUUUCAUAUUGCCUUAAUCCUAUCAAUUACUGUCAUUUACAAGUAUUUUUGUUUCUUUUCUGCUAAUUCAGUGAGAAGUGUGAUCAUUUUAAAUAUUACUUCUUGAUGUUUGUGUUUUCAUUCCAAGUGUCAAUUUUAAAAUGACCCUCUUUUUUUGUACAGUAAUACAUUUUUAAAUAUGAAACCAUGAUACACACAAAUGUAACUUUGCAUUUUCCGUUUAUUUUUUCUGUUUUUAAAGCUUAUUAAAAUGACAGCUUUGAUGCCUAAAGCUUUGAUUCAAACAUAUGAACAUCUAAAAUUUAUUUUAAUUUACAUGAAUAAAAGUCGACUUGCAUUAAUGUAAA